AUGUAUUCCGUGUACUCUUUACUCCUGCUGGCUGUCCUAAGCCAAGUCAGUUGGGCAUUACAUUUCAGCAACAAUUCUUCAGUGAUCAGUUACUGUGGUUCUGAUGUCGCAAACCAGCCAUCUUCAGCCUCUAUUACUCUUCAUAGUAAUUCUUCUAUGAUUGCUACAGAUAAUUCAAGAUCAACGGUCCCAACAUCAUCUAUACCUUCUUCAUUGAACUCAACUUUGCCAUCUGUUAAUUCGUUACCGGUUUUUGAAGCUCGUAGGGGAAUUGUGACAGAAUCUUUUGAUACCUAUAAUACCUAUACGAAUAAGGUGCCUUCGCCAGCAUUGUCUUCAUACACUUAUUUAAGCACUUUUGCCUCAGACAGCACUGCUGCUUUUACAUCUGUAGAAACUUACAAUACUGGGCCGGAUGUUGAACUGAAUAACCCGAGCACUUCAACACCAGUUCCCACUUCUACUGCUAUGCCUUCGAGUUCUUUUACUCCUACUGCUUCAUCACUGUCUAGUACAUGGCCUUCAGAAGUACCCUCUUCUAGUCCUGACCCAACCUCUAGUAGUUGGCCUACUGCCAGUCCUUCCUCUGAUCCUUAUGCCUCACCUUCUAGUGCUUGGUCUUCAGAAGUACCCUCUUCUGAUUCUAACCCAACCUCUAGUAGUUGGCCUACUGUCAGUCCUUCCUCUGAUCCUUAUGCCUCACCUUCUAGUGCUUGGUCUUCAGAAGUACCCUCUUCUAGUCCUGACCCAACCUCUAGUAGUUGGCCUACUGCCAGUCCUUCCUCUGAUUCUUAUACCUCACCUUCUAGUGCUUUGUCUUCAGCGGUGCCUUCUUCAAGUUCUUCUAACCCACCCUCUAGUAGCUGGUCUACUAUGAGUUCUUCCUCUGAGACUUAUGCCUCACCUUCUAGUGCUUGGUCGUCAGUGGUGCCUUCUUCAAGUUCUUCUAACCCACCUUCUAGUAGUUGGCCUACUGCCAGUCCUUCCUCUGAUCCUUAUGCCUCACCUUCUAGUGCUUGGUCGUCAGCGGUGUCUUCUUCAAGUUCUUCUAACCCACCCUCUAGUAGUUGGCCUACUGCCAGUCCUUCCUCUGAUCCUUAUGCCUCACCUUCUAGUGCUUGGUCGUCAGCGGUGUCUUCUUCAAGUUCUUCUAACCCACCCUCUAGUAGUUGGCCUACUGCCAGUCCUUCCUCUGAUCCUUAUGCCUCACCUUCUAGUGCUUGGUCGUCAGCGGUGUCUUCUUCAAGUUCUUCUAACCCACCCUCUAGUAGUUGGCCUACUGCCAGUCCUUCCUCUGAUCCUUAUGCCUCACCUUCUAGUGCUUGGUCUUCAGCGGUGCCUUCUUCAAGUUCUUCUAACCCACCCUCUAGUAGCUGGUCUACUAUGAGUUCUUCCUCUGAGACCUAUGCCUCACCUUCUAGUGCUUUGUCUUCAGCGGUGCCUUCUUCAAGUUCUUCUAACCCACCCUCUAGUAGCUGGUCUACUAUGAGUCCUUCCUCUGAUUCUUAUACCUCACCUUCUAGUGCUUGGUCUUCAGAAGUACCCUCUUCUAAUUCUAACCCACCCUCUAAUAGCUGGUCUACUGUCAGUCCUUGGCCUUCGGCAUCGGCUUCCAGUUCCGUAAGUUCUACUUCCACUUCAAAUUCUGUUGAACCACCGUCUACUUCUUCUUAUUCGACCAUUUCUGUGCCAACCAGUAGCUACUCUUCGAACACAUUUAGCUCAAUGCCCAUUGCUACUAGUAACACAGUAAAUCCGAAUGUGGAUUCAUCUGGAUUGUGGUAUCUGACGGCUUUAUCUACUUUCCAGGUCCCCGAUGGGUUUUCUUGGUCAAAUAUAAAUGGAUUUUCAGUCUUGAUGCCAACAGGAAAUGACCUUAAUAAACGUACUAUUAAUGCUAAGGCUACUGCAAGUCCGCUGCCUUCCGAUACAUGGAGCACGUUUGUCACUCAAACAUCCGCCCCUAAUUAA